GCACCAUUGUUGUUUGCAGUAGACUCGCGGCGCUCGGACGGCUGCGGUUCGCUUCAUGCCCGCCGCCCGAUCCCGAACGACUGCCGAUAAACAAAAUAAUGAGUGUACAACAUAACGUGCAUCGCGAGUGCAACAAGCGACGACAGUGUGUGAUAACGAGAAUGUAACGUGCGUGUUGUGUUAAACAAAGUGCGUUUUUGAACGUGUUUUUGGAGUUCGCGGCGCGUGGACAGCGCCAUGCCCGUCGUGUUUAGAUCUAACUCUGCACACAAUCAAGCGGGACGCAACAUUAGUUUAAGUUCAACCUGACAAAAGUUAUCUGUGAUCUCAUUUUAGUUAAGUCGAAAUAAAGGGUGCCUAAUUUAGAAUAGUGAUAAACGAUCCAAACAUUAGCUUAUGUACAUCCGGCUCGAAGGACCAUAAUCAGUGAGUUACAUUUGUGGUAGAAACAAAAUGGAAUCGUAGUGCGUGGUCAUGGAUAACAGAUAGUGGUGAUGGAUAGGUGUUGAAGGAUGGGAUAAUGGAAGUUGGGGCGCUGGGUUCUUGAAAAUGCCUCAUGCGCACUCGAGUUCCGCGGCGAGCUCGGGCGGCGACGACCUGGGCUCCACGGAUGAGGUGAAGGUAUUCAAGGACGAGGGUGACGGGGAAGACGAGAAGCGUAGCUCCGAGAACCUUCUGGAAGAGAAGUCUAGUCUCAUCGAUUGGACCGAGAGUGAGGAAAAGUCUGGCGAACCUUAUUCCGGGAAAUUAUCGGUGAAAUCGGAUUUAAGUCCUGUUUUCGGUAAAUUCGAACACCAUCCAGCAGCAAGUUUCAACAUGGGCUACCUCGUAACUCCGUACCCUUAUCCCAAUGGUGCGGCUCAUCCGCUACCCGUCUCUAUGGCAAGCAAGAUGGGGCUCCCUGCCGGAGGAGGGCUCUCCCUGUUCUGUCCAGCGGGAGACCUAGGGCAGCCGCCCCCCGCGCAUAUGGGUAUCCCCCCACCCUACCAGUUAGACUCCAAACUGGCGGGGUUAGCGCGGACGCCCAUGUACCCCUUUCCGGGGGGCACCUACCCCUACCCCAUGCUCAGCCCGGAGAUGUCGCAGGUAGCCGCCUCAUGGCAUACUCCGAGCAUGUACCCCAUAUCUUCGGCGGCUAGCGGCUUCCGGAGCCCUUACCCCACCUCCCUGCCAAUCAGCAGUUCUAGUCUAUCUAGUGAAUUAUACCGGUUCUCUCCGACACUUGGCGGCGGGCUGGGGCUCGGCUUGAGUCCAGCCCUGGUACCUGCACCGCCCUCCAAGGUUGAUCUCUUCUCUCAUCAUGCGAGGUCUCAAGCGGAGAAGAGCAGCAGCGGGGGCUCCGGGGAGAAGGCGAGCGAGGCGGGCGGUAACAGCAAGGAGCAGAACAAGAAACCGCACAUCAAGAAGCCGCUUAACGCUUUCAUGCUCUACAUGAAGGAGAUGCGCGCCAAAGUCGUCGCUGAGUGCACGCUCAAGGAGUCCGCCGCCAUCAACCAGAUCCUCGGCAGACGGUGGCAUUCGUUGAGUCGCGAGGAGCAGGCAAAGUACUAUGAGAAAGCGCGGCAAGAGAGACAGCUCCAUAUGCAGCUAUACCCCGGGUGGAGCGCCAGGGACAACUACGGUUACGGUUCCAAAAAGAAAAAGCGGAAAAAGGACCGAGGUCCCGCUGAAUUGGGAGGAAAUAAUUUGAAGAAAUGCCGGGCGAGGUACGGCCUCGACCAACAGAACCAAUGGUGCAAACCUUGCAGGCGGAAGAAAAAGUGCGUUCGUUAUAUGGAGGCGCUAGCGGCGGCGGGCGGGGGGCUGGGCGCGGGGGGCGCGGCGGGCGUGGGGGGCGUGGGGGGCGCGCUCUCGCCUUGCUCCGAUGAGGAUGUGAAGCUGGAGGAGUUGUCAGACGCGAGUAGUGACGCGGAACCCGACACUCCCCCCACAUCCGCGUCCAGUCCUGGCGGGCUCAGCGCACUCUCCUCGCUGGCGUCGCCCGCGCCAGACCCCGCGCACCCCGCGCACGCCCCGCACCCUCACCCUGCGCACCCCGCGCACCCCACGCCGCGACAUCCAGUCGGUACCAACCCUCGCGACGCCAACAACCCGCUGUCUGUUGGACAGCUCACCUCACAGUCGUGGCCGCGCGCCGCGCAGACACGGCCCUCACAUGAGGUCAUCUCAGUAUCGUAGUGCGGUCUGCGACAGCACCGACAGCACCGACAGCACCGACUGCAGUGCUGACAGUGAUAGUGACACUGACUGCCGAGUGCUGACAGGGCUUCUGCCCACUGCUUACUGCUGACUGCCGCUAGGCGGCGCCACUUGCAACUUAUAUCCAAAUAUGAAUUGUUAGUUCUCAAUCUUGUGUACAAGUGUUCCACAGUUGUGAAGUAACAAUCCGUUUGCGAACAGCGCCAUCUAGCGGCGAGUGCAAGAACGUUGUGUAGGUUGUGACAAGACGCGGUAUCAGCAAAUGUACAGUAAUUCAAGGAUAUUGUGAUUUCGCAUUAAUAUUGUUUCAUCAGGUGCUAAAUAACACGGGUUUUCUUGAAUGUCAUACGGGAAUAUCGACAUUUUGUGUACAUUUAUUAUUUCUUGAACAGUUCUAUAAAAUACCAUAGAUUUUUUCUUUCUUGAACGUUUUAGAUGGCCUAAACAUUCACCAUGUGUGCGAUAUUUCCGAAUGCCAUACGAAUGCAAUGUACAUGAAAACUUAAUAUGUAACUUACGUAAAACUGUGAAAUAAAACUUUAAAAAAAAUAUCUAAAACACAUUCACUACACUAUAAGAUACAUUUUAUCUCAAAAUCCAGUCAAUCAUGAUCUCAGAUCCACAAUUACAUUGAAAUAUAGUAAAAACUGGAUAGUGCAACAUCGUUGGAAGUUCAAUAAUUUCGUAUUUAACAGUCGCUAUAACCGAUAAUACCCGAUGUCGUAUUAAACGGUUUUUACAACGACUAGUCACAUCGCCAUACUUCGACCGGUUAAUAUUUAACGUUAUAGUUUAACAGUUAUAUUAGAACUACAUAAAUAACAUAAAAUAACUUUUAACUCUAAAACUGUUAAUCUAUGUCGUUGAAAUAUAAAAGUGGAUUUAAUUUUUGAACAUCCUGUAACUUAAAGACCCAUUCAUAUUAAAACCAUAGAUAUAUAAUCUAUAAAUAUUGAAACACUAAAAUAAAGAAAAAGCCUAUAAAGUACUCCUUUGAAGAAAUUCCAAAAAAAAUUGGGAUAUUUCCUAAAUAAUUUUUUUUUUCAAAAAUAUACUCCUGAUACACACUCCAUCUAUAGAUUGCAUAUCUAUGUUAUCAAGUUUGUUAAUUAUUUGCCUUUAUCUAAUAACUUUAAAACUGGGUACUUAAUGUUAAAACACAAAUACAAAAAUAUCUACUAUUCUAAGAAUUAUAUCCUCACAAAAUUUCAAAUAUGUAAAUGCCUAUGCAGUGGAAUUUGGGUUUAAAUGUUAUUUAAAAAGGUUCAAUAAUUAACAACCUUCGUACAUAAUCAUUAGACAAUAACAUACCACAGAUAUUAAAAUAAAAAAAAUUAAAAGCACUAAAAAAAUCUUAUAAAACCAAUAUUGCCGUAUAUAAAAAGGCUAUGUAAUUCGCCUUUUAUUGCUCUCUUGAAAUUUUUAAUUUUCUGAACAUACUGUAGAAUUCGACUUAAAGAUGCAUAUUGCUGUCUCUAUUUUGUCAAAGAAAAUGAAAGAGAUAGCAAUAUGUGUACUGUUACACAAAACGGCUCGCACCAUGUUCCACGUAGUGUUUAAUUUUUUUUUAAAUAACCUCUUUGGGUCAAACUUGUGUAAAAUAAUCCGACCCAAAAGCUGUUUUUUUCCGUUGUGCGGAAUUGUUAGACUGUCGUAGGAAUAGUUAUAGAUGGUGUUGCAUGAGUCAAAUAAAUAUUUAAAAAAAUGUGUUACAGGAAUUGCCUUUUGGAAUUUUUUGAAAAGAUUUUUUCUUAAACAA